CCUGCCAUGGUGUCCCGGGACCAGCCUCACCCGGGCCCCCGGUACGUGGGCCUGUGGGACUUCGAGGCCCGGACGGACAAAGAGCUGAGCUUCCGGGCCGGGGACCUGUUCCACGUGGCCAGGAAGGGGGAGGAGUGGUGCUGGGCUGUGCGGCUGGACGAGGCGGGCAGGGCCCUGGCUGAGGGCUACGUGCCCCACAGCUACCUGGCCGAGAAGGAGACGGUGGAGUCUGAACCGUGGUUUUUUGGCCGCAUCUCCCGCUCCGAAGCGCUGCACAGGCUGCAGGCAGAGGGCAACACAGCCGGGGCCUUCCUGGUCAGGGUCAGCGAAAAGCCGGGCGCCGACUACGUUCUCUCAGUGCGUGACGGCCAGGUCGUGCGACACUACAGGAUCUGGGGGCGUGCUGGCCGGCUGCACCUCAGCGAGGCCGUGUCCUUCCCCAGCCUGUCCGAGCUCGUGGACCACCACAAAGCCCAGAGCCUGUCCCACGGCCUGCGGCUCACUGUGCCCUGCUGGAAGCAUGAGCCCAAGCCCCUGCCCCACUGCGACGACUGGGAGAUGCCACGGGAGGAGUUCACACUCUGCAGGAAGCUGGGGUCCGGCUGCUUCGGGGAGGUCUUUGAAGGGCUCUGGAAAGACCAGGUCCGAGUGGCUAUUAAGGUGAUUGCUCGAGAUGACCUCCCGCACCAGCACAACUUCCAGGCGGAGAUUCAGGCCAUGAAGAAGCUUCGGCACAAACACAUUCUGCCGCUGUAUGCCGUGGUGUCCGUGGGGGACCCCGUGUACAUCAUCACAGAGCUCAUGCCAAGGGGAGCCCUGCUGGAGCUGCUGCGGGGCUCUGACGAGAAAACCCUGCCUGUCUCGGAGCUGGUGGGCCUCGCAUCACAGGUGGCCGAGGGCAUGUGCUACCUGGAAUCGCAGAAUUACAUCCACCGGGACCUGGCGGCCAGGAACAUCCUUGUGGGGGAAAACAACAUCUGCAAAGUCGGGGACUUUGGGCUAGCCAGGCUCAUCAAGGAGGACAUCUACCUUUCCCACGGCCGCAACAUCCCCUACAAGUGGACCGCCCCGGAGGCCCUGUCAAGAGGGCUUUACUCCAUCAAGUCGGACGUGUGGUCCUUCGGGAUUCUCCUCCACGAGAUUUUCAGCAGGGGUCAGAUGCCCUAUGCAGGCAUGUCCAACCACGAGGCCUUCCUGAGGGUGGACUCGGGCUACCGGAUGCCCUGUCCCCCGGAGAGCCCACCCGCUGCGUACAAGCUGAUGCUGUCGUGCUGGAACAGGGACCCGGAGCAGAGACCCUGCUUCAGAGCCCUGCGGGAGAAGCUCUCCAGUGUCAGCAGGUACGAGAACCCGCUCUGAAAGGGACACCCCUCUGGUGCUGCCUCUGAGGCCACGAGGCCCUGUGAAGGGGGGCCCGGGUGCCGCCCUGGACCUCAGAUCAAGGGUACGGGCAGACGAAGGUGUGGACAAGUUCGCAGGACCGGGCUGAACGCUUGGGGGAUGGAGAUCCUCCAGCCAGGGGCCCACCCUGCCCCAGGGCUGGGGGAAGCAGUCCCCUUGAAGUCGGGGGGGGGCUGAGGCUGCCCAUUCCUCCCGUCUGCUUCUUCAAAGACACCAGCUCCUGGAAAGUGCCGGGACUCUCCGCAGCCAGCUCUAACCCUCCAGGAGCCUGGCCACUCUUCUUUCCAAAGGGAGUGGACCUGUCCCUGGUCCUGACUCAAAGCCCAUCAGCUGUCAGGACCAGGGCGCAGCUCCCCAGGUGGGGCAUGAGGAGGGGCCUGGAUUUGGGGCGGGCUCACCCUGGGUCACCUGGCCUGUGUGCAACUCCUGAUAUGGGGCGACAUGGCCUUCUCAGUAUUCUGUGAAAACGGGCUAUUUGCUGGUGGGGCACUGCAGUCUGCUACCCAGGGCCGUGGCCAUCAGCAGCGGCCACCAGGAGUCCUGAGGGCCUCAUCUGGACGCUGUAGCAGGAGACUGGGCACCUGCCCCCACCCUGGGUCCGUGUGAGGUGGGAAUGAAGGCCUCCCGUACAGGCCUCAGCACGGACUACCGGCUUUGGGAGCACAGGGGGCCUGGGUAAGACUGCACCGACCCUGCAGCCUGCCUUGACACGAUGAGGGCAGACAGGACAGAGGCCCUUGAGGGCCAUCAGCUACACGGGAUGCCCUGGAUUGGACUGAACCGUUUCUAGCACAGAGUGGGGGCAGAGUGGCCAAAGAGGAGGCUGGGCUCCCUCAGUGGCCCGUGGGGCCCCUAACUUCAUACCAAGCCCCCAUCCACGCCCUCCCUAAGCUGCCCCCUCCUGCCCAACAGACCCGGGCCAAUCUCUGCUGGCCACUGAAGGUGUGUGGACACACAGUCCACCAAUCACGCCCGCCCAUGGAGGCUGGCGGAGGACGACACAGCCACACCCUCCCAAGGCUGGAGUUCGUCCAGAGCCGGGUCACCAGUGGUGGGAAGGUCCCUUGGGAACGCCCCCGUACCACUUACGACUCAGUCUUAAUUUUGGGUCCCCGCCCCCAGAGUUGGGGGACCCUACCCAGAGCGCGUCCUGCAACAGGCUAGAAGAGACGACACCCUCACAGGAAGGCUCCGGGAGAUAGUCCGGCCCCGUGAGCCGCACACCAGUUGGGACAGCUCUGGUACCGGCCCCUCACUGCCCUCCAGGGUGUCAAGGGCAGGGGCCCUUGCCAAGGUCCUUCCAGGGGCACCAGGUGCCUCCAGCUGACGGCCCCUAAACCCACAAGCAGAGGCCCAGGACUCCAGCGGCUGCCCCGGAGCUUCUUGUCCAACCUCUGAACUGCCUGCUCUUCCAGGCCCCCCACCCCUUCUCAGGUGCCAAGGCUCCACACUCGCUGUGGUGGCUUGCCGCUGCGAACCUGGGCCAGACCCAAGAGGUGGCUCCCCAGUGAGGGAACCCAGGAAGGCCCAGGGAACAGGGCCAACUCUCCACCUCUGCCAGGAAGUGAGGUUGAGAAACAUCAGCUUCUCCCACGGGCCCCGGGAACACAUGGUCACACACACCAUCAGGGCUACUGGCUGCUCGGUUUAUUUUCCACUUGGUGCAAGGCACACGGUCACAGGGUGUCGGGAAGGCUUGCGUGUGGCUUGGAUAGUAAAGAGUGGGGUUCUCUCGACUUCCUUUUUGGUGUUUUGUUGUUAUUUUGAUAUAAAAGAACCCAAGUGCUUCUGCC